AUGUCCCAACAACCACAACUCCCAUCAUCCUACGAGGAUAAUAACAUUGCUACUUCAACUUCUAAUGAUAAAGUUACGAAUUUAGAAUUGACUCAUGAAAAGAUUAUCAUUAUUGAUUUCGGAUCACAAUAUACACAACUCAUUGGUCGUAAAGUUCGUGAAUUGAAUGUUUAUUGUGAGAUUUAUCCAUACGAUAAAUUCAAUGAAAAUACAUUGAAGGUGAGUAGUGGUGGUGAGAAUGCAGAACAAGAUGGAUGGUCAUUUGUGAGAGGUGUUAUUCUAUCUGGAUCUCAUCAUUCAGUUCAUGAUGAACAUUCACCACGUGUCAAUGAACAAGUUUGGAAUGAAAUUCAUAAGAGACAAAUUCCAAUUCUUGGUAUUUGUUUUGGUGCUCAAAUGUUAGCUCACUUGUAUGGAGAACAAGUUGUUUCAAGUGUUAUUAGAGAAUAUGGACGUGCUCAUAUUCAAUUGACCUCAAAUAAUGAAGAUACAAUUCUUAGUCAAUUGAGUGGUGAUUCACAAGUUUGGAUGUCGCAUGGUGAUUCAAUUCUUAUUAAGGAAGAAGGUUCUCAAUUGGAAAUUAUUGCAAAAUCUGAUAGUAUUCCAGUUGCUGCUUUCAAAGUUAAGGGAAAGAAGAUUUUUGGUGUUCAAUUCCAUCCAGAGGUUCAUCACUCACAUUGUGGAAAGUUGAUUCUCUCCAAUUUCUUGAAACUUGCUGGAUGCUCUUGUACUUGGACUCCUUCUCAUUUCAUUGACGAAACUGUAAAGAAUUUGAAACAAACUAUUGGAGAAAGUGAUCACGUUGUUAUGGCAUUGAGUGGAGGUGUUGACAGUAGUGUUGCUGCCGUUCUCUUACAAAAGGCUAUUGGAGACAGAUUACAUUGUAUUUUUGUAGAUAAUGGAUUAUUGAGAUUGAAUGAAUUUGAACAAGUAUUGGAAACUUAUAGAGAUAGUUUACAUUUGAAUGUUAAGGGAGUUGAAGUAUCUACACUCUUCUAUGAUGCAUUGAAGGGAGAAUCUGAUCCAGAAAAGAAACGUAAAAUUAUUGGAGCCAAAUUUAUUGAAGUAUUCGAAAAGGAAGCUCAACAAAUUUCCAAUGUCAAACACUUGGGUCAAGGAACUAUUUAUCCAGAUGUUGUCGAGUCAAUUGGUGGAGCAACUAUCAAGAGUCACCACAAUGUUGGUGGUCUUCCAGAAAAGAUGCACAUGAAAGUGGUUGAGCCAUUGAGAUUACUUUUCAAGGAUGAAGUCAGAAGAGUUGGUAAGGAAUUAGGAAUUCCAGAUAACAUCUUACUUCGUCAUCCAUUCCCUGGUCCUGGACUUGGUAUUAGAAUUUUAGGCGAUAUCACUGCAGAGAAGGUUGAAUUAUUACAAAAGGUUGAUGCCAUCUAUGUUAAUUCAUUGAAGGAAGAAGGAUUGUAUAAUCAAAUCUGGCAAGCUGGUGCUAUCUUGUUGCCAAUUCAUUCGGUUGGUGUUCAAGGGGAUGGCAGAACUUAUGAGAAGGUUGUUGCUUUGAGAGCUGUUACUUCUGUUGAUGGUAUGACUGCAGAUAUUUUCCAUUUCCCUUGGGAAUUCCUUGGAAAGGUUUCGAAUAAGAUCAUUAAUCAAGUUAAGGGUGUGAAUAGAGUUGUCUAUGAUAUUAGUACUAAACCACCUUCAACUAUUGAAUGGGAAUAA